AAGAUCAGAGGUGUGUGGAGUCAGACGUGAGCCGUCUCUCGCUCCAGUGGAGGCUGUCUGGACCCAGCUGUGUUUGAUGCAGAAUGCCUGUAGUUCAGUGUCAGCCAGCAGGCAGAAGAGGGAGCAACAGGACACAUCUUCAUCUGCUGCUCCUCUUCCUCAGUGUGCUACAAACACAUGGAUACAUUCAAAUCCCUCCUGAUUACACAUAUGACAGCCUAAAACAAGCUCCAAAGAUCACAGCUCAGCCCGGGUCUCACACCGCUUACUCUCUGGAUGAUGUCAGUCUGGCCUGUGAAGCCAGUGGAGAUCCGACACCCAGUUUCCGCUGGGUCAAAGAUGGCAAACAGUUUGGGGAGGUUCUGUUUGAGUCUGGAACCCUGACAGCAGAUGACACAGAGGAACUCCGAUUCUACCAGGGCUCGUACCGCUGCUAUGUGGCCAAUGAGCUGGGAACCGCCGUCUCAGGCCUGGUGCACCUGAUCACAGAGUCCAUCCCAACCUUGGCCAAAGAGAAGAGGCAGAAAAGAAGAUCGUUUGAGGAGGGAGAAAGCACAGUCCUCUACUGUAACCCUCCGAAGAGUUCUGUCACUCCCAAAAUACACUGGAUGGAUAUGCAGUUGCGCCACAUCCCUCUGAAUGAGCGAGUGACCACUAGUCUUGAUGGAAAUCUGUACUUUGCCAACUUACUAGUCAGUGACAGCAGAGAAGACUACACCUGCAAUGCCCACUACAUCAACGCCAGCGUCAUCCUCCCCAAAGAGCCCAUCGCCAUCAGCGUCACACCAUCAAAUUCUGUGGUGAAGAACCGGCGGCCCCAGCUGCAAAAGCCAGCGGGAUCCCACAGUUCUUAUCUGGUGCUCAGGGGCCAAACGCUGACUCUAGAGUGCAUCCCAGAAGCUGCUCCUUACUGGAACAAGUGGCCUGAAGACCACCUGUAUGCCCCAGGAGAGACUGUGAGACUGGACUGUCAGGCUGAAGGGAUACCCACCCCAAAUGUCACGUGGAGCAUCAAUGGUGUUCCUAUCACAGGGACGGACUCGGACGCAAGGCGGCAUGUGAGUUCUGGUACACUGAUCCUGACUAACGUUCAGUACAGCGAUACGGCGGUCUAUCAGUGCGAGGCCACCAAUAAACAUGGCAAUAUCCUGGUCAACACGCAUGUCCAUGUAGUUGAACUGCCUCCUCAGAUCCUGACGGCAGAUGGGCUGGUGUACAAGGCCACAGAAGGCCAAAGGGUUCUACUGCAAUGCAGAACAUUUGGCUCCCCACAACCCAAAGUUGACUGGGUGAUUUUUGACUCUGGUCCCGCUCUGGCUAAUGCUAAAAUGUCUCAGACGAGCGAUGGAAAUCUUCAGAUCAGUGACGUGAGUGAAGACGACAGCAACAUUUACACGUGCUCAGUGAGGCACAGCAACAGGAGCAUCAGUGCUGAGCUGGAGGUCUUGAACAGAACUAAGAUUGUGAACCCUCCCCAGGAUCUACGGGUUUUACGUGGAAUUGAUGCUGUUUUACACUGCAAAUAUACAGUGGACCACAAGUUAAAACAACCCACAAUUCAGUGGAAGAAGGACAAACACAAGAUCACAUCAUCUGCUAAUGAUGACAAAUACACUGAAUAUGCAGACGGCUCUCUGAAGAUCACUGACGUUCAGGUGGAGGACACAGGAUCCUACAGCUGUGAGAUCAGCACUAAACUAGACUCGGUCAGCGCCACCGGCUCCAUCACCGUGCUGGAUAAACCUGGUUCUCCUCACUCUCUGGAGCUGUCUGAAAAGAUGGACCGUAGUGUCACGCUAUCCUGGACGCCAGGCACUGAAAACAACAGUCCUGUGUCUGAGUAUGUAAUUGAGAUGAAAGAGGAGCAGAAUCCAGAAAAAGGCCAGUGGGAGGAGUACAGUAGAGUUUCUCCAGACAUCAGACACCUGGAGAUCCAUCUGCAGUCGUACAGCACAUACCACUUCCGGCUCAGAGCUGUUAAUGGCAUAGGAACCAGUGAGCCCAGUCCUCCCUCAGAGUCCUACAGCACACCAGCAGCCAUACCGGACAUGAAUCCAGAGAAUGUGACGACGGUGUCUACUGAUCCAAACAGUAUGGUCAUCACAUGGAAGGAACUGGAGCAACGGCAAUUUAAUGGACCAGGAUUUGAGUACAAGAUCUACUGGCGUCAAGCUUCAGGCAGAGGUCCACACUGGAAGGAAAGCAGCGUCUCACAUCCUCCGUUCAUCGUGAACGGCACCGGGACCUUCAUCCCCUUCGAGAUUAAAGUUCAGGCAGUCAAUGAUCUUGGUGCAGGACCAGAACCAGUUGCUAAGAUUGGCUACUCGGGGGAAGAUGUACCUCUGGAAGCUCCUUCAGAGGUGGCAGUGACCGAGCUGAACAAAACCUCUGUCCUGGUAAGAUGGAGUCCGGUCAGCAUGGAAUCUGUCCAAGGACACUUACUCGGCUACAAGAUCCAUCUGCGAAAGAAAGGCCCCAGAACUCACAGCCGAAGAGGCCUGCCGAUGCACGCUCCAGUGGCUGACAAGUACAGAGAAAUCGAGGUUUAUGGAAAUAAGGUGGAGACGGUCCUGAGCAACUUGCAGUUAUACUCAGACUAUACUCUGACAGUUGCAGCUUUCAACAGCAGAGGUGAAGGUCCGCGCUCGAUUGAGUAUCACUUCACCACUCCAGAGGGCGCUCCUGGACCAAUUUCAUUCUUGACCUUCGAGAGCCCCUCAGAGACAGAGAUCACCCUGCGCUGGGGAGCUCCAGACAAACCCAACGGGGCGCUCACAGGCUACCUGCUGCAGUACUACGAAACUGUGCCUGGGAUUUCGAGCCCACAACAGGUGGAGUCCAUCGAUCUGCCCCUUGUUACUGAGUUCACACUGAAGGGUCUGAAUCCUCAGAGCCUAUACCACUUUGAUCUUCGAGCACGCACCGCUGCUGGUGAUGGGGAACCUAUAGUAAGGGAGGGCGCCACCUUGCUGGAUGGAGAACCACCAUCUGCAAUCAACAUAACUGCUGGACAAACAUUGGUUAAUGUCAGUUGGGUGCCAGGAGAAAGGCAGCGUAACUUUGCCUUUAGCUUCCAUUACCUGAAAAAAAGUGCAGGUGGUGAAUGGGAAGAGUCGGAGAAGGUCAACUCCUCGCAGGCGUUCUAUCAGCUGCAGGGUCUGGCACCGGGCAUUCAGUACCACCUGCAGAUCCGGCCCGGAAACAACUCCUGGGAAUUCAAAACAGGUGGACCAGAGCUGCACGAGUUGUCCAGUAGCUUUGCGACUCAGGGCUGGUUCAUCGGACUCAUCAGCACCAUGGUUCUGCUGCUGCUGGUGCUGCUCAUUCUGUGCUACAUCAAGAAGAGCAAAGGAGGGAAGUAUUCAGUGAAAGAUAAAGAGGAGGAUCAGGUCAAUGCUGGGGCCCGCACAAUGAAAGAUGGAGAAUUUGGAGAGUACAGAUCUCUGGAGAGUGAUAACGAGAAGUGCUCCAUCAGUCAGCAGUCAGUCUGCGAGAGCAAGCGCAGCAGCAACGACAGUCUAGCUGACUAUGGAGACAGUGUCGACAUCCAGUUUAACGAGGACGGCUCCUUCAUCGGCCAGUACAGCGGACGCAGAGAUCCGAAAGGUCACGGCACUCACGGCAGCUCGGGCACCACGUCUCCCAUCAAUCCCAACAUGCCUCCGGCCAGCACCAGCUUUCCCACGUCUGUGACAGGAUUCCUGGGGCCAAACUAACACUCCUCCGCCACACGCACACAUCCUUGACCAUCUGAAUGAGGGGCCCUGGUGGUAUUAAACACCGCCGGCUUCACUCUCACAUAAUAAUGACACGAAUAGCCUGCAGGACAGUUGCGUCUAACAUUCCAUCCAGGCACUGAAAACGGUUUACAAUAUUCUCACCUCGCUGCUUCAAGUGAUGUUUGGACUGUACAUUCUCCCUCACUGGACGUUUGUCCAGUUCUCUCGCUGAAUUUCUGUAGAAUAAGGUGUGAUAGACAACAGACACAAGCGAAUUCAGCUGUUUGAGAGUGUAGGACAGACUGAGGCCUUGUUCACAUGGCGUAGGAGUGACUGUUCAGACGGUGUAGUCAGUACAGGCUAAGAUGCAUUUCCAGAAAUGUCAGACUAAAGAUACACCAAAACGAACUGAUUUUGCUGCCUCACUGAACAAUGCCUUAUGUCGAAUACAUCAGCUGAAAUCACUGCAGUCAACCGAAGUCAGAUCUGAAAAAUCUUUUAAUAUUCAUUAUGAUUUGAAGGCAUUCUUUUCCCAUUCACGAUUACAAAAUGGGAAAA